UUGCACGAAAUCUUCGGGAAGUAUGGACCGAUCAAGGAUCUCAAGCUCCCGCUGAACCCAGUGUACAACAUGAAUCGCGGAACGGCCUACAUCCUUUACGAAGAGAUCGAUGAUGCCGAGCAAGCCAUUGCCAAAAUGCACGAAGCACAACUCGACGGAGCUAGGAUCAACGUGUCCAUUGUACUCCCA